AUGCAAAUCUCGAACAGAGCUGAAGCUCUACUUUCUCGUCGAGCCGAAAGGCAGACAAGAUGUAGCGAAAGAAGAAAAGAUGAGAAAAGAAUCAUCACGCUAGGUAAACGCUUCAAUCUGCGGAACGCAACUUAUAUUUUCUUUCUUUUUUUAUUAACCAUGGUGAUUCAAAUGAAGAUCAUGAACUGCGGAAACCUUUUCUUGAUCUUAUUACAAUACGUUCAAAUUUAUGUAAUUAUUUCUCAAUCUAAACCACCAUCUUAA